AGUCUUGUCACUUCUGAACACAAAUGACGACAAACUGUUGAAUUCUUUGGCCAGCUUUGACCAAGUUUGCUCCUUCAGCUGAUUAUUUGUCAUAUCACUUUUUUUAUUUUCCAAUAUAUGGCCAUAUUAUCUCACCAAGCUUGUGAGCAAUUCUGUUUCCGAUUUUGAAAAAUUGGGAACGCGUGUUUUAUUUUCGACGGACAUAACGAAUUAUUGAAUUUUAUUUGGAAAAACGAUGCAACUGUCAAAUAAUAUAUAAUAAUAAAGCCUGUUUAUUUCCAAUCCAUACCUGUCAAAUACAGAUGUGUAAUUUUAGCUUGGGAUUGUUAAAAGAUUGAAAAGAAUGAACGGAUCACAAAAUGUUGCCACACGUCAUAACAUUGUCACAGUUCAGCUGAUCUCUGUUUGUUUUUGUAUUGAUAUUACGAAAGUAGUUUAAUCUAUGGAUCAAAAUUGAACGAAGUUUUGUUGAUCCUUAGUUUAAACCCUGAAUGAUAUUAUGGGCCUAAGAGAUUAUGGCAAAGAAAAUGGAUAACCACACGUUCUCAGUAUGCAGCCAGCAAUAAACUUUUUGAAGAAAUUGCUAAGGAAGAUUCUGCUGAAUUUUACAGAUCAAUGCGAAUGACAGAAACGCAAUUUGAAGAGUUGCUGACGCACGUUGAGCCCGCCAUAAAAAAAUCUGAUACUUUUAUGAGGAGUGCACUCACGCCAAAAAUAAAACUUCAGAUAGUGUUGUAUCUUCUUGCCACUGGUUGUAGUCUGCGUACUUUGUCACAUUUAUUCAGAGUAUCUAAACCAACAAUAAGUUUAAUGAUACCGAUAGUCUGCGAUGCUGUAUACAACGCCUUAAAAGAUUAUAUAAAGAUUCCUAGAAGUACAGAAGAAUGGAAUAGUAUUGAAGAAGGAUUCAGUCAAAAAUGGAACUUUCCCGGUUGCUGUGGUGCAUUAGACGGUAAACACGUCGUACUGAAUGCACCAGAUGAUUCUAGAAGUUAUUAUUACAAUUACAAGAACCAGCACAGCAUCUCGUUCUUUUGGGAUUAGUAGACCAUGAUUAUUGUUUUAUUUAUUUUGAAAUUGGAUGCAAUGGACGAAUCAGUGAUGGAGGAGUUUUCCAAAACUGCAGCUUGAGCCACGCUCUAGAGAAUAAUUUUCUACCACCAAACCGUGUGAUUGUUGCAGAUAAUGCUUUACCAUUGAAAACGUACCUUAUGAAUUCAUACGGAGGAAAUAAUUUAUCUCAUAAGCAAAAAGUGUUCAACUACAGAUUAUCACGGGCCAGACGGAUAGUUGAAAAUGCCUUCGGAAUAUUAGUGUGUACAUUUAGAAUAUUUCUGAAACCCCUCCCAUAUGCUCCCGCUAAAGCUGAUAAAAUAGUUAGAACGUGUGUUGCUUUGCACAAUUGGCCUAGAAAAACGCAAGGUACGCAAUUCAAAGUGUAACAGUUGAUACAGAAAACAUCGAAACGGGGAACUUCACACCUGGUUCCUGGAGAGAGUUUCUAGCAGCAGGUAUAGUAAACAUUGAAAGAAUUUUGCAAAAUAGAUGAUCACAACAAGCUCACAAUGUACGAGAUCGCUAUGCAGAUUAUUUUGUUGGUGAAGGCUCAGUACCCUGGCAGGCAAGAAUAGUACAUUAAUAGCAAUCGGUUUUAGUACAAUUUCCUACCUAGUAAGUUAGCAUAUAAGAUACUAUAAAUA